CUUCACUCAGCAUGAUCACCAUACUCUUUUGUCUCCUCUUCCUUAGGGCCACCCUUGCCUUUCGGAACGAGACUGUGAGUCCAGGCCAGUCGUGCACAUGUGAGGCCUUUCUACCUGAAACCGUAUUCCCCAUGGGGGAGCUGGAGCUGCUGGAGAAGUCCUCAGUACAGAUCAGCCACAAGUUAGAACUGGAAAUCAGCAAGAUUGAGAUGUUUGAAAGCAAGCUAACGAUUUACAUGGAGAAGACUUUAAACCUGACAGUGUUGAUUGGAAUCAUGGAGAAUAAUCCUGACUCUUACACUGAGCUCCAAAUACAGGAGGUGAAGAUUCAGAUCAAGCAGAUAGAAGCUCUGGUUGUGGAGCUUAAGGCAUCCAUUGAGCUUUCUUCUACAGUGCUUGUCAGCAUUCGCAAAGAGGUCACUGCCAUGAUUGUUAUCCUGACCCAACUGGAGACUACCUAUGACAAGAACCUAGUACUGUUGACACGCAGGGAAUACAUCAAGCUUCAGGAGAAACUGGAAGAAUGUGAAAGACGUCACAACGAGAUCUUUAAUCCCAACAUCGGUUCUUGUAACCGUGGCUUCAUAUCAAGAGUCAGUAAACCAAUAAUUAGCCACCUGAACGCACAUCUGAAUGCAGGGCACAGAUAUGGUGGAUGGGGCAAAGAUUCAAACCCAUUGGCUGGCUCUGAAAAUAUGUACUGGUACUCAGGGUCUUCCAGUACUCUGGUUAGCCAAGUUAGUGUUUAUGCAGAUUAUUACAGAUUGAUCAUGAGACAGUCAAUGAAAACCCAUGAGCUUUAUACCAGUCGUGAUUGGAGAGGAGUGGGCAAUAACUACAUUGUGCGUGGUAACACGCUGUACUAUCAGUACAGAGAGCCUUUUAGCAUGGGGAAAUACAACAUGACCAGUCAGACCGCAGUGUACAGGGUGGUGCCAAGCGCCAGUAACAGGUUCUCCUAUUUUUAUUCAGCAAGCCAAAACUUAGACUUCGCAGCUGAUGAGAAUGGAUUGUGGGUGACGUAUGCUACAGACGCAUCGAAUGGCAGGAUGAGUCUAGGUAAAAUAGAUGAGGAAGCAUUUGCCUUGAAGGAAGUUUAUGAGACGAAUAUCUACAAACCAUCAGUAGGCAACACCUUCAUGGUUUGUGGAGUUCUUUAUGCCACCAGAUCUGUCGAUAUUAAGACAGAGGAGAUCUUUUACGCUUAUGAUACACACACAAGAAAGGAGAGCUAUGUUAGUAUUCCUUUUGAAAAGUUUCAGGAAAUGUAUGUUUAUCUUGACUACAACCCCAUCGACCAGAAACUGUACAUGUAUAAUGAUGGAUAUUAUGUCAGCUACCAUCUCUGGUUCCAUCAGAAUAAAAAUAAAGCACAGCUCUUGAUUUAAAAAAUGCAUUGAUUUGAAUACACCAUGAGACUUUUUGGUGUACAGUAUAAAUUGUUGAGAUAAAUACGAAAAAAGUGUACAUGCAUUGUACUGUUAUUAAUAAAAACCUUUGAGCAGUA